AUGCUACCACUUACUAACCUUUUACGCGGGAACAACCGUGAGUUUUCUUUUCCUGACACAGCUGUAGAGGCUUUCAAUCGUGCGAGGAAGUCUCUUGCAGAUACAACUGUCCUUGUUCACCCUAUACCUGAUGCCCCACUUUCCAUUGUGGCCGACGCCUCCAAUUUCGCUAUAGGUGCUGCCCUUCAGCAACAGACGUCCACUGGCACCCAGCCCUUGGCUUUCUACUCUGCCAAAUUGACACCCCCACAAACUCGCUAUAGCACUUUUGGUAGAGAAAUUCUUGCAAUUUAUUUAGCCAUUAAGCAUUUUUGUAAUUAUAUUGAGGGCCGAGAUUUUUGUAUUUAUACUGACCACAAGCCUCUUACUUAUGCCCUCUCUACUUCUUCUGACAAGUAUUCACCCCGCGAGGCCCGCCAUCUCGAUUUUAUUUCUCAGUAUACCACCGACAUUCGAUUUCUUAAAGGCCUUUAUAAUCAAGUUGCUGACUGUCUUUCUCGGCCUGGCAUUAAUGCCAUCACCCGCCCUUCCAUCGAUUUGGAGCGCAUGGCAGAACUGCAAAAUCAGCCGACUUUCAAUGAGAGCUUUCAACACACUAGUCUUCAACUCGAAGCCAUUCCUCUUUCCACCACCCCCGGUACAAUCUUGUGUGACGUAUCGCGCAGUGCCUCCCGACCCGUAGUGCCAAGCGAGAUGAGACGAGAUGUUUUUGCCGCGUUGCACAAUCUAGCUCACCCUGGCAUCCGCACUACCCAGCGCCCCGUCAGCGAGCGGUUCGUUUGGCCAAGCAUGAACACUGAUAUACGCCAGUGGACCCGUUCAUGUUUGGCCUGUCAGAAGGCCAAAGUCGGACGGCACAACAAAGCCCCCAUUGGCACUUUUCUCGCACCCGAUGCACGUUUUUCACAUGUCCAUAUCGAUCUGGUAAGUCCCUUUCCAACAUCUCGUGGUUGCAACUACUUACUUACUGCGAUUGACCGAUUUACUCGUUGGCCCAUUGCAACUCCCAUACCUAACAUAACUGCAGAUUCCGUUGCUCAUGCUUCUUCGGAAUACUGGAUCUCUCAUUAUGGCGUCCCCUCAACCAUUACCACCGAUCGAGGUCAACAAUUCGAGUCUAGACUGUUUAACAGCCUUACCAACCUCUUCGGAUGUUCUCGCAUACGCACGACAGCAUACCACCCCUCAUCCAACGGUUUAGUCGAGCGUUUCCACCGGCAACUCAAAGCCUCGCUCCGAGCUCAUAACAACCCUUCCCAUUGGAGCGAGCAUCUGCCUUUGGUCAUGCUCGGUAUCCGUACCGCACUCAAGCCCGACUUGGAGUGUUCCACUGCCGAACUUGUCUUCGGUACUACCCUACGGAUUCCAGGUGAUUUUUUCGGGUACUCUCAAAGCUCAGCCGACUUGGAUCCCAGCGAUUAUGUGCAAAGAUUGCGCCAAGCCAUGACUCAUCUUCGAGCCACUCCUCCACGUCCUUCAACAAGUAAGUCGUACGUCGACUCGAACUUACUAACAUGUUCUUUUGUAUUUGUCCACAUAGAUAGUGUUCGCCGGCCACUACAACAGCCCUUUGACGCCCCAUUUCGAGUACUAUCGCGCAAGGACAAGCACUUUACAAUUGACCGUGGAGGCCGCACCGACGUGGUUUCAAUCGAUUGCUUGAAGGCGGCUUAUACCGAGCCUCUUCCAACUUGUCCAACUCUUCCAACCUCCACUUGGCACAUUGCCACUUUCUAUUUCCCAGACUCCAUUUACGCCCAAUAACCCUGCGUCUUCCCUUAUCCCACAGACUCCUCCCCUUACGCGCAGUGGUCGUCAUGUCCGUUUUCCCGACCGUUACCAGCUUGUACAAUAUGCAUAACACUCCCACAUUUUCCUUCUAUUAACAAUAAUUUUUUUGAACUCCGUUCUCCUAGGAGGGGGAGUAUUGUAGUGACAUUUAAGUCUGUUUUGUUUUAAUCAGUUACAAUACGCUUUGACACAACUUUGAAUAAGACAAAGAACACGCACGUGCACUUUUACCUGCCGACGACUUUGUUCUUAUUUACUAGUUUGUAACUGUUGGGAUACUGCUAUUUUCGUUUCCUGGAUAGCCUACUCGCUGUGCCCAACUAGUGGAUUUGUCUCUUACAUACUUUUCCAGAUGGGUCUGAAAAGGCGAUCAUGCAUGCAUCUCGCACGCUAACCCCUGAGGAGAAGAACUACGGGCAAAUAGAGAAAGAGGCUCUAGCCCUCGUGUUUGUCGUCUAGAAAUUCCACAAACUGUUGUACGGUUGCCACUUCACGUUGCUGACGGAUCACAAACCCUUGCUGUCAAUCUUCGGUUCGAAGAAAGGCACUCCCGUCUACUCAGCCAGCCAACUUCAGGGAUGGGCAACCAUCCUUCUUGGCUACGAUUUCGAUAUUCGCUAUUGUCGCACUACAGACUUUGGUCAGGCUGAUGCCCUUUCUCGCCUCUUCAGCAAUCAGCAGGAACCGGAGGAAGAUACCGUGAUUGCCGCUAUUUCGAUUGAGGACGAUUUGCGCCGUCGGCUAUCAGACGCCAAACGAGGUAUCCCUGUCACUGCCGCGGAAAUCUGA